AUGCGUUAUCAACCGCGACUUCGAGAUGGUCAAGCUAUUCCUUUGCCUUGGCCUGUGGCCAUGUACCGUCGAUUGAAUCACACUGUGUGGCCACUGGAAGAUGGAGCAAGUCGUCUUGUUGUGUUCUUAGAGAAAAUCUCAAUAUUUGUGGGAUUUCUUAUUUUUACGCUGCACAACGAAGUGGAUUUUCACUAUUUGAUUGCCAAUCGCAAGGACAUCGAUAAAAUGCUAACUGGAGCACCGACUUAUUUGGUGCUGGUUGAGAUUCAAAUUCGUGGUUUCGAGUUGGCCGUGCGCAAGGAUGACUUCAAGCGAUUGCUUCAGAAAUUCUAUGCAGACAUUUAUGUGUCUCAAGAAUCGCAUCCAGAGCUUUACUCUCGCAUUCAAAGACUAAUGCUGGGCACUCGUCUCAAUUCGAUUGCUUAUCUGUUGGCUUUGUUUAAUUUCUCACUGGUGCCAGUCCAGAAUAUCAUCUAUCAUCGGCGUGAUAUGCUCUAUCAGCAAGUGUAUCUAUUUGACAACACUAAGCUAUAUUUUUUCUUACCUCUGAUCUGCAUGAAUUACUGGGUGGGCAUCAUUAUAACCACCAUGCUCUUUGGGGAACUGAAUGUCUUGGGCGAGUUGAUGGCGCAUCUCAAUACGCGUUACCUGCUCCUAAGUUCCGAUUUGAAUAAGAUUUGCAAACGUUUGCUUGAAGACGAGAAUCGUGAUGAAAUUGCAGCUAAAUAUCGGAGAGCUUUAAUUCAUAUUAUGCGCCGAAAUGUUGCUCUGAAUCAGUUUGGUCAGGAAAUGGAGAAGGAAUUCAGUUUUCGCAUAUUUAUCAUGUUUAGCUUUAGCGCCGUGCUGCUCUGUGUUAUGGGCUUCAAAGCCUAUACGAAUCCAGCUGGAAACAUCGUUUACAUCAUUUGGUUCAUGGCCAAAUUCUGCGAGCUUUUGGCAUUUGGAAUGAUUGGCUCGAUUCUCUAUGCAACGUCGGACGAGUUGAGCACCAUGUACUACAGUUGCAAUUGGGAGCAAAUUAUCUACCGCUCGAGCAAUGCUAGGGAAAAUGUGUUACUCAUGAAACUUGUCUUUCAAGCCAUUCAGAUUAAUUCAAGACCCUUUUUUUCUCACGGGCUUAAAAUAUUUUAG